GCCACAUUUUGUUGCUGUCGUUGUUCAUUCCGUCAUUUCCUGUUGCAUCUUUGAAGUCGCUUGCGCUACAGAUGGAUAUCAAGAAAGAGAUCAGAGAUCUAAAGGAUAAAGGAUGGAAGCUUGUAGAAGAGGGACAGUUUGGAGAGGCAAUUAGAAUGUAUGAAAAUGCUAGAGAAAUGGCAGAACAACAUUUGGAAGUAACAGAUGGACUGAGACUGGCAGUUCUUGGUGAUCUGGGGCACACAUACAUUGCUAAUGGAGAAUAUGUGAAAGCACAAGCAAUUCUAGAAAAUCUUUUAUCAGUUGAGAGAAAACAUCCUGAGACAUACAAUCUCUCACUAGCUGCCACCUUGUAUUCUCUGGGGCAUUGUUACUUUCGUCAAUCCAAGUAUGUUGAUGCCACAUCAUUACUGGAAGAGUGCUUGUUAAUACGACAGAAACACCUUCCAGCUAAUGAUGUGAAGGUGGCCAACACUGGUAGACUACACAACAAUGUCAGUGUGCAGGCUAUGAGGCUGCUUGGUGACUGUUUUAUGAAACAAAAGAAACUGUCUGAAGCAGAAAGAUUAUUGAGACAUUCACUUGAGAUCAUGAAAUCUGCUCACACAAAAGAUCAUCGUGAUGUUGCAAAUGACAUGAGACAGUGUGGGCUUCAAUGGGGCAACGUGCCAAGUUGUGAGGUAUUUAUGAGCAAUGGGUUAACCAGAGUGGUCAGCUCACACGCUGAGCUCCAACAAGUGCCCAAGAGGUCAGUGGAGUUGACGUUGGAGACUCAACACACGAUCACAGAACCCAUUCUGUUUAAUGAUGUACAUGAGACAACUGGCUUGCGUCGAAGAUCUCAGUACACACUUGCUAACUGUCUGAACCAACAAGAUAAAGUAAGUGAAUCAAUCAAGCUGAUGACCGACUGUGUCAGGAUGUAUAAAUCAAGUCUCCGUCAUGAACAUCCUCAUGUGGCUACAGCUGUUGGUCAACUGGGAGUGUAUUUAAUGGAAGUAGGAAACUUGGAUGAGAGCGAACAAAACUUGAGAGAAUCUCUUGACAUGAGAAGACGUUCUCUCCACGAGAAACAUCCUAAUACACAUUGA